GUCAGUAGCUGAAACAUCAUAGUCAGAAGCAUUUAAAAUCCUGGAAUGGGAUGAGAUCUUUGAAAGCUGGCCUUUGACUAAAGGGAUUAAAGAAAAUGACAGGAACAGAGCAGCCAAAGGCUGUAUAUAUGCCUCUGUGUUGAUCAUCAUGCUCCAAAAUCGCACCAGAAAAUCAUGGAUUCGCCAAAAAGUUUAGAGGGAAGUGGUACAUCUUCUAGCUUCCGUCGCCCUCCUCGCAAUGCUUUUUAGUCAUGUCACAAGGAGAUGUGUGCAAAGCUAGAAAGUGUUCGCAUGCAAACACAACGUGGAGGUCCUCUAUUCUAUAUCCAUCUUCAACCUCUCCCUGUCAAAUGCUUGGAAGGCAAUCCAGUCCCAAGUGGUUCUAGAAAGGAAGCAUUAGGCCAUAUACAACAUCCAAAGCAGAUCCACUUGGUAUUAAGAAGAUUUAUCAAGCAAGGGUCAGAGAAUUUCCUAAGAAAUCAAUUAAACGAAUGCCCUCAGUCGAAUUAUGGGUGCUGCAAUCACAAAGUUUGAGCACAAAGAUAGUGACUGGCUUCAUUUUUCUUCCCUCUUAAUGAUAGCUGAUGCACGCAUUACCAUUUUUAAAAUAGCAGCAUUUGACUGUUGGCACCCCCACCUUAAGGAAAACCCGAGAUUGUAGCAAGCAAAGAGAACAGAGUUUAGGAAGCUUUGAGGCAAAGUCAAAUACGUCGUUCCAAGUUCCAACCAUAUGGAACUCUAUACACAGUGAGACUAUUUCCCGAUUUCACAUAUUGGCCAGAUCAUUGUUGACAUCUGAACCAUCCCAAUCAGAAGCAUUCAACGAGCAGGAAAUUGGAAAUCUUUGAAAAUUGGCCUUCUUUGAAUGGACUGAGAGAAUGACAGAAACGGAGUGACCAAGCUUUUCAUAUAUGCCUCAUGGUCGAUUAUCAACCUCCACAACAAACAAAAGAAAUCAUGGGUUCACCAGAAUUAGAGACACCAGUGCAUCGUCUAACCUCCUUUACCCUUUUCACAAUGCUUUUGGCCAUCAUUCCACAAUGUCCAAUUCCUGCUUUUGCCUCCACACUAGAAGCACAAGCCCUUCUCAAAUGGAAAUCCAGCCUUCAAAACCAAAACCAAUCCACCUCUUCUCUAUCAACAUGGACUCUCCCUCCUCAAAAUGCUACCGGCUCCAACGCAACGGCAGCGAGCCCAUGCGGUUGGUAUGGCAUCUCGUGUAACCUGGCCAGAAGCGUGAUGGGAAUCAAUCUCACCAGUUCGAACAUCAGAGGUACACUCGACGAGUUCCCGUUCUCGUCUUUGCCGUAUCUUACCUAUAUAGACAUGUACAUAAAUGAACUCUUCGGCGGUAUUCCGCCUCAAGUCGGUCUUUUGACCAAUCUCACCUAUCUCGACCUCUCCUUUAAUCAAUUAUCUGGGAAUAUACCACGGGAGAUUGGCGAUCUCACGAAGCUUGAGGUGUUACACCUGAUCUCUAACGAGUUGAAUGGCUCUAUCCCUGAUGAAAUAGGUCAGUUGCGUUUGCUGAACGAGCUUGCCUUGUACUCAAACCAGUUGGAUGGAUCCCUUCCUUCUUCCAUGGGUAACUUGAGCAGCCUCGCUAGAAUAUACAUCUAUAACAAUUCAUUUUCUGGUUCUAUUCCUCGUGAAAUGGGGAAUUUGACAAACUUGGAGGAGAUUUACAUGGAUACCAACUCCCUAACAGGGCCAAUUCCUCCCACUUUUGGGAAACUGACGAAACUAACCCAAUUGCACGUAUUUGACAAUGAACUUACUGGUUCUAUCCCACUUGAGCUUGGGAACUUGAAAUAUCUUCGUGGACUCAGCCUAAACUACAAUAAUCUGACGGGUUCAAUCCCCUCGACAUUGGGCAAUUUGACAGGGCUUACCCUUCUUUAUCUGUAUGGCAACGAGCUUUCUGGUAACAUUCCUGAUGAGUUAGGAAACCUCCGAGCUAUGAUUGAUUUGGAGCUGAGUAUAAAUCAGCUUGGCGGUCCUGUUCCUUCUUCUCUGGGUAAUUUGACUGACCUGGAAUAUUUAUAUCUCCGUGAGAACCAACUUUCUGGUUCCAUUCCUGGAUUCCUAGGGGAUUUGUUGAACUUGGUGGUGCUACAAUUAGAUACAAAUCAGUUCACCGGCUUCAUACCAGAUAACUUGUGCCGGGGUGGUUCGCUUUCUAACCUCACCAUGGCUGGCAACAACCUCACAGGUUUCAUUCCCAGAAGCUUGAGAAAUUGCACGAGCUUACUCAGGGUACGCCUCCAGGACAACCAACUCACUGGAAACAUAUCUGACAGUUUCGGCGUCUACCCGAACUUGGACUUUAUGGAUUUGAGUUUCAACAAUUUCUAUGGAGAAAUCUCGGCUAACUGGGGAAGUUGUCAGCGUUUGCGGGAUCUACGAAUUGCUGGGAACAAAAUCACCGGUAGCUUGCCUCCUGAGAUCGGAAAUGCGACUGAACUACAGGGACUUGAUUUUUCUUCCAAUGGUUUAGUUGGCGAGAUUCCAAAGGAACUCGGAAAAUUGACCUCUUUGGUGAGGUUGAACUUGAGCAGGAAUCAACUUUCUGGCAGUAUAAGUCCCGCAAUCGUAUCACUAUCUGGUCUUCAAAGACUGGAUUUGUCCAGGAAUAGAUUAAGCAUGUCUAUCCCAGAGAGUACCGGGCAGUUGGCAGACUUAUUCCUCUUGGAUUUGAGCAACAACCGGUUAAGCCAAGAAAUUCCUGGCCAGAUAGGGAUGCUGGCUCAUUUAUCCGAGCUAGACUUGAACAAUAACUCAUUGAUCGGUGAGAUUCCAGCACAAUUCAGCAGUCUGCAAAGUCUAGUGAAACUUGACCUCUCACACAACAAUCUUUCGGGCCCUAUAUACACGAUUUUCGAGGAUAUGCCAGGUUUGGCAGUGGUUGACAUAUCCUACAAUGAGUUCCAGGGUCCGGUUCCAAACACCACGGCGUUCCAAGAGGCUCCAACAGAAGCAUUACAAGGUAACCCCGGAUUAUGUGGAAAUGUUGAUGGACUUCAGCCUUGUAGUCAAUCAGGGACGCGGAAGAAAAACUCCAACACUCAUGAGAAAGUGUUUCUCAUUGUUUUCCUCGCCCUCGGAGCAUUUCUCCUGUUUUCUUUCUUCGGAAUAUACUACAUUUUGCAUAGAAGAAAGAAACACCGACAAGUGGAGCAAGCACACGAGAGAGAGAAAUUGUUUUCUAUAUCUACUUACGAUGGAAGGAUAUUGCACGAAGAAAUCAUUGAAGCGACUGAGGAUUUUAACGAGAGAUACUGCAUUGGAUGUGGAGGAUAUGGAAGAGUCUUCAGAGCAAAGCUAAGAUCAGGGGUUGUGGUGGCUGUGAAGAAGCUUCAUCAGAUGUCUGAUAGCGGGCAAACGAAUCAGAAGGAGUUUCAGAAUGAGAUAAGGGCACUGACAGAAAUACGACACCGCAACAUCGUGAGACUCCAUGGCUUCUGUUCACAUCCCCAACACUCAUUCUUGGUGUAUGAGUAUCUGGAGAGAGGAAACCUGUCUGCAAUCCUGAGCGAUGAGGGAGAAGCGAAAGAGUUGGGUUGGGAUUGGAGGGCAAAUAUUGUGAAAGGCAUAGCUCAUGCUCUGUCCUACAUGCACCAUGACUGUGUGCCUCCCAUUGUUCACCGAGACAUAUCAAGCAACAACAUCUUACUUGAUUCUGAGUAUGAGGCCCGUGUUUCCGACUUCGGCACAGCCAAGCUUCUCAAGCUAGACACGUCAAAUUGGACCACUGUCGCUGGGACAUACGGAUACAUUGCUCCAGGUAAUUCAAUGGACAACUACUGUUCUUCUAUGGUGAACUUAGAAAGUAAUAAUCCGCUAGUGCUAAUGCAUUUUCUUCUUAUGCAUAGAGCUUGCUUACACGAUGAAGGUGACUGAGAAAUGCGAUGUGUACAGCUUCGGGAUCAUGGCAAUAGAGGUGAUCCAUGGAAAACAUCCGGGCGAAACCAUCUCAUCCCUAUUAGCUGCAUCGGAUAAGGAGAUUGCCAGAGUCCUGAAAAAUAUGCUGGAUUCACGCCUACCAGCUCCAAUGCCUAGCAUUGAGGAUGAACUUCUAGUCAUCUUCAAGCUUGCAAUUGCUUGUAUAUCCACCAAUCCACGACUCAGGCCAUCCAUGAACAUGGUUUCUCA